AUGCCAGGUGGACCGGUUCGUUCGCUGUCCACCACCACCGAUGUCAACCGCAUCGAAGCCCCAGUCACCUGGAAGGCCUAUCUGAUCUGCGCCUUUGCAUCUUUCGGUGGCAUCUUCUUUGGCUACGAUUCCGGUUACAUCAACGGCGCUACCUCUAACCUCGAAUUUAUCCACUACAUCGAGGGUCCCAACAAAGAUGCCUUGAGCUCCCCCCAUUCGUCUCUCAUUGUCUCCAUCUUGUCCUGUGGUACUUUCUUCGGCGCCAUCAUCGCCGGUGAUGUUGCUGAUAUCAUUGGUCGCAAGUGGACUGUCAUUAUUGGUUGCGUGAUCUACGCUAUGGGUGUCUGCAUUCAAAUGGGCACUGGUCCUGGUCACGCUCUCGGCCUCAUCGUGGCUGGCCGUCUCGUGGCUGGUUUUGGUGUGGGUUUCGAGAGUGCCAUUGUCAUUCUGUACAUGUCAGAGAUCUGCCCUAGAAAAGUCCGAGGUGCAUUGGUCGCUGGAUACCAAUUCUGUAUUACCAUCGGUAUCUUGUUGGCUUCCUGCGUUGUCUAUGCCGUCCGCAACCGAAAGGACACUGGCGCCUAUCGCAUUCCCAUUGCCAUCCAAUUCGCUUGGGCUCUCAUCCUCGGUAUCGGUUUGGUCUUCCUGCCAGAUUCGCCCCGAUACUUCGUCAAGCGUGGCAAGCUCGAGAAGGCUAUUGCAGCGCUCUCUCGCCUUCGUGGCCAGCCUCCCGAGUCCGAGUACAUCCAGGUUGAAGUUGCUGAGAUCAUUGCCAACGACGAGUACGAGAGACAGAUGAUUCCAUCUAGUGGCUGGUUUGGCAGCUGGUACAAUUGCUUCAAGGGUGGCCUCUCCCACCAGAAGUCCAAUCUGCGUCGAACCAUUCUCGGUACUUCUCUGCAGAUGAUGCAACAGUGGACCGGUAUCAACUUCAUCUUCUACUACUCGACCCCAUUCUUGAAGUCGACCGGUGCCAUCUCCAACUCGUUCUUGAUCUCCCUGAUCUUCAACUGUGUCAACGUCGGUUCGACUCCUCUCUCGUUCUGGACGGUUGAGAAGUUCGGUCGUCGACCUCUCCUGAUCUGGGGUGCUCUCGGUAUGCUCAUUUGCGAGUUCCUUGUCGGUAUCAUCGGUGUCACCGUUGGUUUCAACAAGACCCACCUUAACGCCGACGGACUCAGCAGGGCCAACAACAUCCCGGCCGUCAAUGCACAGAUCGCCUUUAUCGCCAUCUACAUCUUUUUCUUUGCCUCCACCUGGGGUCCUGGUGCUUGGAUCGUCAUUGGAGAGAUCUUCCCUCUCCCCAUCCGAUCCCGUGGCGUCGGUCUCUCUACCGCCUCCAACUGGAUGUGGAACACCAUCAUCGCUGUCAUCACUCCUUACAUGGUCGGUGAAGACAAGGGCAACCUCCGGUCGUCAGUCUUCUUCAUCUGGGGUGGUCUCUGCACUGCUGCCUUUGUCUACGCAUACCUCCUCAUCCCCGAGACCAAGGGUCUGUCCCUGGAACAGGUUGACAAGAUGAUGGAAGAGUCUACCCCACGUACCUCGGCCAAGUGGAAAUCAACCAAGACCUUCGCCGAGAUCAUGGGCAGCCAGGGCGGUGUCCUUAACAAGGAACUUGUCCAGGAUGCAGAGCGCAAGGGAUCAGCCUUUUAA